AUGGUGCACUGCGCCGGGUGCGAGAGGCCUAUCCUGGACCGCUUUCUGCUCAAUGUGCUGGACCGAGCCUGGCACGUCAAGUGCGUCCAGUGCUGCGAGUGCAAAUGCAAUUUGACAGAGAAAUGUUUUUCUCGAGAGGGGAGACUAUACUGCAAAAAUGACUUCUUUAGGCGGUUUGGCACCAAGUGUGGCGGGUGUUCGCAGGGCAUCUCUCCGAACGACUUAGUCCGGAGGGCUCGGAGCAAAGUGUUCCAUCUCAACUGCUUCACGUGCAUGAUGUGCAAUAAGCAGCUCUCCACCGGCGAAGAGCUCUACAUCAUAAAUGAAAACAAAUUCGUUUGCAAAGACGAUUUCAUGAGCAACAGCAGUGUUAAAGACACAAACCUCCUUUCAGUAACGGCAUGCAGCGAACCGAGUUUAUCCCCGGAUUCACAAGACCCCCUCCAGGACGACGUGGUCCUUAAGGAAACGGAGAUUGCUGCCCUCUCGGAUAAGGAAACUGUAAAUAACGAGAACGACGACCAGAAUCUGGGCGGCAAGCGGCGAGGCCCGCGGACGACUAUUAAGGCCAAACAGUUGGAGACGCUGAAGGCGGCGUUUGCUGCGACCCCCAAACCCACCAGACACAUCAGGGAGCAACUGGCACAGGAGACCGGCCUCAACAUGAGGGUUAUCCAGGUUUGGUUCCAGAACCGCCGUUCCAAAGAGAGGCGUAUGAAGCAGCUGAGCGCACUGGGAGCCCGCAGGCAUGCUUUUUUCAGGAGCCCAAGGCGGAUGAGGACGCUGGUAGACCGCCUGGAACCCGGGGAGCUCAUUCCCAACGGACCUUUCUCUUAUUACGGAGAUUAUCAAAGUGAAUAUUAUGGUCCAGGAGGGAACUAUGACUUCUUUCCUCAGGGGCCACCUUCAUCGCAGGCCCAGACCCCAGUUGAUCUCCCCUUUGUGCCCUCUUCAGGCCCCACGGGCACACCCCUUGGAGGUAUGGACCACCCCCUACCAGGACACCAUCCAUCCAGUGAAGUGCAGCGUUUCUCUGAUAUUAUGUCUCAUCACCCUGGAGACUCUCCAAGCCCAGAGCCUGGCAUCCCAGGGACUCUGCACAAUAUCUCCUCGGAGGUGUUUGGCCCGAGCCCACCCUUUACCUCACUUUCUCUGAACGGCAGCGGAUAUAACAACCAUUUGUCACAUCCACCCACGGAAAUGAACGAAGCCACUGUGUGGUAGCUCUUUGUGAGACUGGACUCUU